AUGAAGUUAAUCCUCGUCUCCUCGCUCCUCGCCCUCGCCGCCGCAACACCCAUCGAGCACGCCAAGCGUGGCGGCGGCGCCUUCGACAGCACAUACCAGGUCGGCUCCAUCACCAGCUCGCAGGUCGUCGCCGCGGCCCCCGGCUCCUCGUCGUGCGCUACCGCAUCGUUCGCUGACGAGUGCCACGACGCGGGAAAGGCGACGCCGCUCCUGAAUGACGCGUUUAAGCAGUAUAAGCAGACGACGCUGGGAGAGGUGGCGGCGCUGCUGGGGCUUAUGGCGCUGGAGAGUGGGGAUUUCCAGUUUAAUGUGAACCACUACCCGGGGAGGCCGGGUCAGGGCACUAAGGCGAUGUUGAUGUUUAACUUUAUCCACGACUAUGCGGUGGACGCGGGCAUGAAGGCUCAGGUGGCGGAGAUUGCGGGCUCGGACCAAGUCGACUCGAUGUCGGAUGACAAGAAGAACAAAAUCAGGGCGUUGGUCACCACUGACAAGUAUACGUUUGCCGCCGCACCGUGGUUCCUUAGCAAGAAAUGCACGCCGGAGGUGCAGAAGGGCGUCAAGGAAGGCGGGUUCAAGGGCUUCCAGACGUACAUGCAGGACUGUGUCGGCACUGGCGCGCUCAGUGCUUCUGACGAUAGGGGGAAGAAAUGGUGUGCGGCGGUCAAGGCGGUGAAGCCGGACAGCAUGUCGAUGCCGUCGGAGUGUGCGUAA